CAAACCGUUUGAACGAGUACAUUAGCCAUUACGAACCCUUGGAUUAUGAUAGUACGGAUGUUCACAGAUCACACCUUAGGUCGAAAAGAUCUGUCGUAACCGAUCAUGAAGUUCAUAUGUCCUUUUAUGCCCACGGACGCAAAUUCAAUCUUCGUUUACGAAGAGAUCUUUCCGUUUUCCAUGAAAAGUUAGAAGUACAUGGUCCGAAUGGCCCCAUUGCCGCAGACACAUCGCAUAUAUACCAUGGACAUCUAAAAGAUGAACCAGAGAGUACUGUAUAUGGGUCGCUCAUAGAUGGAGUAUUUGAAGGUAAAAUUGUAUCGCCAACAGGAUCAUAUUAUGUAGAAAAAGCACGUCAUUAUUUUCCUUCCAAGGAGCACCCAAACAAAACUUUCCAUUCUGUGAUCUAUAAUGAUGCUCAUGUCAAGGACCCUUAUGACAAUCAAAGGGAUGGACAUGGAGGAGGUUGCGGUAUCACUGACGAAGUAAUUCAGUGGAUGGAUAGGAUACAAAAUUCAGCUGUUGAAGAUGAUGUAGCACCAAUUCCGAUUCCAAAAGCCAAAAAAGUUCAAAAGAAAGUUCACUUAGAGCAUCACAAAUCAAAAUCAGAUAUAAGACCAUUAUCAUUUCCUGUAAAUCACGAAGAUACAAUUAAUAAGUAUUCUAGGGAAGCAAAUGAACAUGUAAGACAUAAACGUGCAACUCGACUUAGAGAAGAAAAUAAAAAUACAUGUUCAUUAUAUAUACAGACUGAUCCCCUAAUUUGGAGACACAUCAGAGAAGGUUUUCCAGAGCACACUGACCCAAGAAAAGAAAUGGAAGUCAAUGAUAAGACCAGAGAGGAAAUCUUAUCUCUUAUUGCACAUCAUGUUACUGCCGUGAAUUAUAUAUAUCGUGAUACGAAGUUUGAUGGUAGAAGCGAACAUCGUAAUAUUAAAUUUGAAGUUCAGCGGAUUAAGAUUGAUGAUUACUCCGCCUGUAAUUGUACCCAUCGUCAUUGCGAAAUUAAUCAAUUUUGUAUGGAAAAUAUAGAUGUUAGUAAUUUUUUGAAUAUUCAUUCUUUGGGAAAUCAUGAAGAUUUUUGUUUGGCGUAUGUAUUCACCUACAGGGAUUUUACUGGCGGCACUUUAGGAUUAGCGUGGGUUGCAUCAGCAUCUGGCGCUUCUGGUGGUAUUUGUGAAAAGUAUAAAACAUAUACAGAAACCAUUGGUGGCAUGUACCAGUCUACAAAAAGGUCUUUGAAUACUGGGAUAAUUACGUUUGUGAAUUAUAACUCACGUGUCCCUCCAAAAGUGUCACAGCUAACUUUGGCUCAUGAGAUUGGUCACAAUUUUGGAUCACCUCAUGAUUAUCCACCAGAAUGUAGACCUGGCGGUUUGAAUGGGAAUUUCAUCAUGUUCGCGUCCGCCACCAGCGGUGAUCGCCCCAAUAAUAGCCGUUUUUCGGGUUGUAGUGUUGGAAACAUAUCGAACGUUUUGGAUGCAAUUGAAGAUAAUAAGAAACGUAAUUGUUUUACUGCUUCUGCUGGAGCAUUUUGUGGGAACAAAAUUGUUGAAGCUGGUGAAGAAUGUGAUUGUGGCUAUGAUAUUAAUGAGUGUUCCGAUAUUUGUUGUUACCCACGCAUUGUCGAUCCGGAGGAUAAACAAAACAAUGCUAGUGCUAAAGGGUGUCAUCGAAGACGGGAUACUCAAUGCAGCCCUAGUCAAGGCCCGUGCUGUAGUGGAGAAACAUGCGCCUUUGUUCCAGCAUACAGGGAAGAAGUGUGUAAAAUUGAAUCUGAUUGUUCAAGAUCUUCCAAGUGCAAUGGGUUUUCGGCUGAAUGUCCUGCACCUACACCGAGACCUGACAAAACUAGAUGUAAUAAUGGAACACAGUUGUGCGUUAAGGGAGACUGUACAGGAUCUAUUUGCUUGGAGUGGAAUUUAACAGCCUGCUCGUUAACGUCCCAGGAUCAUCCAAACAUGGACAAGAGAAAAUUAUGUGAACUUGCCUGCCAAAAUGGUACUGACAUUUGUAGAAGUACCAGUGAGUUUGCUCACUUAGUAGGAUUACCCCCAGGUGGAAUUAGCUUACGACCAGGAUCACCGUGUGACAAUUUUCAAGGUUAUUGUGAUGUAUUUUUAAAAUGUAGGGCUGUUGAUGCAGAUGGGCCACUUGUUCGUCUUAUGAACCUUUUGUUAAAUAAGGAAACCUUAAUGAAUGUUGCCCAAUGGAUAACUGAAUAUUGGUGGGCCGUUCUUUUAAUUGGUAUCGGAUUCAUCAUUUUUAUGGGAUUAUUUAUAAAGUGCUGUGCUGUACAUACACCAUCAUCAAAUCCAAAGAAACCUCCUGCUCGUAGAUUAAGUGAGACCCUUAGGAGGCCAAUGAAUACUUUAAGAAGAAUGAGACAUUACAAUGGCCAUCAUUCAGCUACAGCCUCUAAUGCAGGACGCAGCAGAGGUGACAGAUCUAGUCGACCUUCAGCAAGCCAAGGUCCUCGUGCGGGAUAUGGCCAAGGAAGAGGGCAGUACUAUGCACCAAAAGAUUAUUCCCCACUAGCAACUGCUCCCCCAUCUAGUUAUAAUGUCAGGACGAAUAAUCAUCCUGAGUUGUAUGCAGGCGCAUAUGACAGGAAUGCGUAUGAAAUGCGCCAACAAAAGGUUUGACAGUAUGGUAAUACUGGGGAUACGCGGGUUUCGCCUCCACCUGAGUACCCCGGUAAUCCUAUGGCCAAUAUACACUUUGAAGGGCCAUCUGGAAAUACAAUGACUAGCAGUUCUACCAUAAAUGUGCCCAGUUGUAACCUUGUUAUAUCUCAAGGUGAGGACUCAAGUGCAAGAAACAGUGGUUCAACAUUUGCUGGAUAGAAUUAAUAAACCUGUUAAAGGUCAGUGUUCUGUGAUUAAAAUUUGAAACACGUAAUGUUUUAAAAAUGCGUGAAGUAAUAACAAUUUGAUUGGAUUAAAACGGGUGAAUUUCAAUAUAGUCACCAAUAGUUUUAGUUAAAAUCGUACAUACCCUUACAGUUAUUAUAUCGUGUAAGUAUUUUAAAUAACAGUUUUUGUUGUAAAGUUAAUUAGCUUCCUAUUUGAUGAAAGGCUGAUUUAUAAUCGUGUUGUAAAUUGACACCAAUUGGAGUUGCAUUUCUUAAAUUGAGCUGUUGUUUUUGAAUAAUAAACCCAAUUCUGCUCAGUUUUUGUGUUCUUUUAAAAUGCAAUUCUUAAAUUGGAAAUUUUAGGAAGUGUAGUAUUUACAAAUUUUGUGGACCUUUUUUCUGGGACUUGUUUUUAACAAAGUUUUACAUAUUUGUAAAAAAAAUUGUUAAGUAUUGUAAAAACAUGUAACAAUUGCUUAAUUUUAUCAUGUAUGUCUUCACAUUAUUGUAUUGUAACUCACAUUAUCUAAUAGUGCCCUCCAAUUGGUCAUUAUUAGAUGCAUUGUCUAGCAGUUGAGUGAGCUUUUGAGUCUGCUUAACAUCAUUGUUUGGAAACUGAAUGAAUUUAGGUGAAAAGUUCAUGAAAAGGUUUCCUUAUUACUAUUUGUACGAUUUUAAGUACCCUAGUCUUUUUGAUUAUUUACAGUAUUUAUAUGAAAACAUCUAUAUAUUACUUAAUAGAUCUAGCAGUUAGUCAUCUUCCUUCAAUGGUAGUAAAUUAUACUCAAAAACACAAACUUAUUAGGUAUGUUUUACUUAGCAUUUCUGCAGUAUUUUUGUCUUUCUUGGUUUCUGUGAUAAAUUUAUUGGUGCAAUUUUAUAUGUAUUUAAGUUAUUAGCUCUACUACAUUAUAACUUCAUCACUUCAUCUCAUUUUUAAUAUCACUUUGAACCCUUCUUCGUAAUCUUUUCACCUAAAAUAAAAAUUUAAGUGUAUUGAAGUAAUAAAACUUAUAAUUUGCUUUGCGAGAAAGUUGAAUUUUAUUAAUUGAGAAUAAGUAUAAUUGAUAUUAUAAAUAUUUAUCUAAAGUGCAGAUCUCAUUGUAGAUAUACCUAACUUCCUUCUCAAAGAUGAUCUUUGUGUGAAGUGACUAUUUUUGUAAUUGCAUAUGAAUGUGUAAAUUUUAUGAUGUUACGAACAUUGUUAAAUUAGCUGGCAAUUGUGAUAAUAUUAAUUGCGAACAAAACUUUCUGUAAAAAUUUCAUUUAAAAAUUUAUGAUUCAUUUCUACAUGAUCAAGAAAAAAGAGUAUAUUUGAUGCCACAGUGUGUGUUGUUUUUUAUUGUACAAUUUGUACAUAAAUUUGUUUUUAUAUGAGAAGUCUGUACAUUUACCAUUUUUUGGAGUUGUGGAUUUUACCUGCUAUAAAGAAAUGAUUAAUACUCUAAUUUUCAUUUAUCAGCAUGUAUUAUCCAAACUCUUGACCAAUUAUUGUUGUGCAUGUGAGCUUAAAUACAUGUACCAGAGACCAUUGAUAAUUGAGAUGGCAUUUAAGACUCCAAGAAUAAUAAAUGUAUUAAUUGUGAACUGUAAUAUAAAUAAAAUACAUUUUUCAUU